GGAAAACAUAAGAUCUUGUUUAAAACUGAACUUUUUUGGAGUAGAAAACCCGUCUUCUCUGAGAGCUAAUUUGAAGUUUGCAACACAAAAUAAAUAAAACAGAGAAAAUGGAAGAUACAGACGAUGAUGCCCGCUAUCCGUCCGCAGUGCAAUACCACCAUUCUUCCUACAAUACCACUAAUAAUCCCUUCCAUCGACCUAAGCUCCCUCUCAGGAUGCACCACGAUACUGCUCCUGCUUUCACAGACGAGGAAGACGACGAAGAACAAGAUGAUAACGAUUACGGGGAAGAAGGGGAUGAUGACGAAUCGGAAAACGGCUUUCCCAAACCCCGGCAGCCCAAAGAAUUCGACGGCAAAGCGGCUUUCGAUAGGUUCGGUGUUCGAAACGUGUCACCAAUUCUUUUUCCCAAGCCCGAAUACCAGCCAAAGGGUUUCAGGGACGACUGGUCUGAAGCCGCUACCAUUAUACUGCUUGAAACGUGGGCAGAGAAAUUUUCACAAAUGGGUAAAACGAGCCUGAAAUUGGAGCAGUGGGCUGAAAUUUCACAGAGGGUUUCUGUUGGUUCAAAGACUCAUAAGACAGAUGUCCAGUGCAGAAACAGGUUGGAGAGAUUGAAGAAGAAGUAUAAGAAGGAGAAGCAGAAGCAGAAUGCUGCUGCUGCUUCUUCAGGGGUGUUUGUUAGCAAGUGGGCGUAUUUCAGGCAUAUGGAUUCCAUUCUCAGUUCUUCUUCUUGGCAGGUGGGGCUACCGUGUGGAAUUGAUGCUGGAGAAUUUGUGUUUUUGAAUCCUAGGGUUUAUUUAAAUCAGACUACAUUUGAUGAGGUUAGGGAUAGUCCCACUGAGGAUGAUGAUGCCGAAGACGAUGACAAUGAUUAUGAUGAUGAAGAAGGCGAUCGAAGGGUCAAGCGGCGUAAAGAUGGUGAUGACAGGGAGGAUUCUUUUAGGGUUCUAGCAGACUCUAUUAAGACUUUUGGAGAGAUUUAUGAGAGAAUCGAAAAUAAUAAGAAGCAGCAGAUGUUGGAUUUGGAGAAAAUGAGGAUGGAGAUUGAUAGGGAUCUUGAGAUGCAGAAGAGUCAAAUUUUGGAGGAGACUAAGGUGGCAUUGGCAAAGAUUCGGCAAGGGAAUGAUGAUAUUGAUGCCUCUGUGACGAAUAUGAGCAGUUGAAGAAUUUGUAUGUAAUUGAACUUGUUGCUUCUGUUUUCUUAAUUUGUCUUGCCCACCAGUUUUAAGAGCCCUUUUUCCUUUUCACUAUUGAUACUGCAUUUAACGCUAAAUUGUGUAAUCUUAUAUAAUGGGCUGGAAAUCUGUUUAUAAAGAUUUGUAAGCAUUUAUUUUUUUCC